CCGAAUUUUAAGCACAGUUACUUUACAGGAAGCAACAGAAAGGCAGCAUGUCAACUGAAACACCAAUCACACUGAAUAUUAACCCACAGGAUCUACAGGUGCAAACAUUCACUGUAGAGAAACUAUUGGAGCCUCUCAUAAUCCAGGUUACUACACUUGUAAAUUGCCCCCAGAAUCCUUCCAACAGGAAAAAAGGAUGUUCAAAAAGAGCCAAAGUCCUUCUAGCUUCUGUGGAGGAAGCAACUUGGAAUUUACUAGACAAGGGAGAGAAGAUUGCCCAGGAAGCUACGGUUUUAAAGGAUGAGCUUACUGCUGCACUUGAGGAAGUUCGCAAAGAAAGUGAAUCUCUGAAAGUAUCAGCUGAGAGAUUUACAGAUGAUCCCUGUUAUCUCCCGAAAAGGGAGGCUGUGGUUCAAGCUGCCCGUGCCUUGUUGGCUGCGGUUACCAGACUCCUUAUCCUUGCGGACAUGAUUGAUGUCAUGUGUCUCUUGCAGCACGUGUCAGCUUUUCAAAGGACAUUUGAGUCCCUUAAAAAUGUUUCCAACAAAUCUGACCUCCAGAAAACCUACCAGAAGCUUGGGAAAGAGCUGGAAAAUUUGGAUUGUUUAGCCUUCAAACGUCAGCAGGACUUAAAAUCUCCAAAUCAGAGGGAUGAAAUUGCAGGAGCCCGGGCCUCAUUGAAGGAGAACUCCCCCCUCUUACAUUCAAUUUGUUCAGCUUGUUUGGAGCAUUCUGAUGUCGCUUCCCUCAAAGCCAGCAAGGACACAGUUUGUGGAGAAAUUCAGAAUGCCCUCAAUGUAAUUUCAAAUGCUUCACAAGGCAUCCAAAAUAUGCCAGCCUCACCAGAACCUCAGGCAGCAACCCUGGGAAGUGCCCUUGAUGAGCUGGAGAAUUUAAUCGUCCUGAAUCCACUCACAGUGACUGAGGAGGAAAUAAGACCUUCGCUAGAGAAACGCCUUGAAGCUAUUAUCAGUGGGGCUGCUCUGUUGGCAGACUCUUCGUGCACAAGGGACUUCCACAGGGAGCGGAUUAUUGCAGAAUGCAACGCCAUUCGCCAGGCUCUUCAGGACCUGCUUUCAGAGUACAUGAACAAUACUGGAAGAAAAGAGAGGAGUAAUACCCUGAAUAUUGCUAUAGACAACAUGUGCAAGAAGACAAGAGACCUUCGCAGACAGCUCCGCAAGGCUAUUAUAGAUCAUGUGUCAGACUCUUUCUUGGAUACGACAGUCCCACUUUUGGUUCUCAUUGAAGCCGCUAAGAAUGGCCGGGAAAAGGAAAUAAAAGAAUAUGCUGCAAUAUUUCAUGAACACACCAGCAGGCUAGUAGAGGUAAGCAUUCUAGAACUUUCUUUGUUCUGUAAAAUGAACACAAAUGAAAAUGCCUACCCCAAAUUAAAGAUUUGUUCAAAUCAUCCUGUAAGGCUUUGCCCAUCAAUUAUUAAUGCUGCACUUGCUUUGGCUGCAAGACCCAAAAGUCAAGUGGUCAAAAACACCAUGGAAAUGUACAAGCGCACAUGGGAGAAUCAUAUACAUGUCCUCACCGAAGCAGUAGAUGACAUUACAAGCAUUGAUGACUUCCUUGCUGUAUCUGAAAGUCACAUCCUGGAAGAUGUCAACAAGUGCAUCAUAGCCUUAAGAGACCAGGAUGCCGAUAAUUUGGACCGUGCUGCAGGUGCUAUCAGGGGCCGGGCGGCAAGAGUUGCUCACAUCGUCACAGGUGAAAUGGACGGUUACGAGCCAGGGGCUUACACUGAAGGUGUGAUGAAAAACGUUAACUUCCUCACAAGUACUGUAAUUCCUGAGUUUGUAACUCAAGUGAAUGUUGCCUUGGAAGCUUUAAGCAAGAACUCAUUGAAUGUGUUUGAUGAUAAUCAAUUUGUGGACAUCUCAAAGAAGAUCUAUGAUACAAUUCAUGAUAUCAGAUGUUCGGUCAUGAUGAUUCGGACCCCAGAGGAACUGGAGGAUGUUUCUGACCUUGAAGAGGAUCACGAGGUCCGUAGUCACACCAGUGUUCAGACGGAAGGGAAAACCGACAGGGCUAAGAUGACUCAACUGCCUGAGGCAGAAAAAGAAAAGAUUGCUGAGCAAGUGGCUGAUUUCAAGAAAGUGAAAAGUAAGCUGGAUGCUGAGAUUGAGAUAUGGGAUGAUACAAGCAAUGAUAUCAUUGUCCUGGCCAAGAAGAUGUGUAUGAUCAUGAUGGAGAUGACAGACUUCACAAGGAAUCUGCUCUGUUGUCCAGACCCAUCAUGCAAGCAGGACUUGUUGGCCUACCUGGAGCAGAUUAAGUUCUACUCCCAUCAACUGAAAAUCUGCAGUCAAGUUAAAGCUGAGAUCCAGAACCUGGGGGGAGAGCUCAUCAUGUCAGCUUUGGACAGUGUCACCUCCCUGAUCCAAGCAGCCAAAAAUUUAAUGAAUGCUGUAGUGCAAACAGUGAAAAUGUCUUACAUUGCCUCAACCAAGAUCAUCCGAAUCCAAAGUCCUGCUGGGCCCCGGCACCCAGUUGUGAUGUGGAGAAUGAAAGCUCCUGCAAAAAAACCCUUGAUUAAAAGAGAGAAACCAGAGGAAACUUGUGCCGCUGUCAGACGAGGCUCGGCAAAGAAAAAAAUCCAUCCAGUGCAAGUCAUGAGUGAAUUUAGAGGAAGACAAAUCUACUAA